AUGAGUUCCAGAGAUCAGGAUUUCGUAGAUGGGCUCUUCAGCGCUGGCCAUUCGCUGUUCUCGAAGGGCAGUCGAGUGAUGUACGCUGUUGCAGAACGGGUAGCAAGUAAGGUGAGAGAGGUGCAGGAUAGGGAGGGCGGUGAUCUGAGCGCAUUGAAGGCGGAUUCAGGUGCGAUCGGACGCUGGAGUUAUGUGAAGCAAGUGUUCCUGUCAGCUCGCGGACAACAGAAAAGGGCGAUAUUCGGGCUUGGAGUAGCUGCUGGUGCUUUGGUGCUGUUCUGGCAGGCCAGGGCGCUGUGGAGUGUGCCACCACGGCUAGCAGCGUCGCAGGCCAAGUGUGUGUUGGUGUUUGGCGAUAUGCGGGAUCCGAUUGUGAGAUCGCAGGUUAUGGACCUGUAUCGCAGAGGGUUUAUGGUGUUCUUGUGCUCGACUAAUGCAAAGGCAUUCCGUGAGAGGCAGGAGGAUGAUGAUUUCCUGCGCCACAUUGAUCCGCAUUCUGCCAGCGACUUGGCUUCUUUCAUCCAGUUCCUCGAGAAAACGAGCGAUGUGCAGUGCCAGUUGGCGUCGAUACUGUUUAUGCCGAAUCUAGCGUACUACCCACCGGGCGAGGUACCGCUAAGUCGGCUGGAGUGCGAGUUGCGCUCGAACGUGCUUGUUUACUACAAUGCGUUGCUCGAGGUUGUGCGUCGCAUUCAGGGUCCUGCGAUACAGGUAAUUCUUUUCAAUCCGUCUCUGUCGUUCAACUUGGCUGUUUCCCAGCAUCCAGCUGAGCUGUUUGUUUCUGCACUCAUGACGGGAGUUCACCAGAGUCUCAAGCGACACCACAGGCUGAACGCUUACAUGAUACAUGUUGGAGCGCUAAAGCUGGGCGCCCAGCCGUCCAACUACAAGUAUUUGGGUUUCAAUGGUUCGAAUAUAAACGAGGAGCUGUUGAGGCCAGUGUACAACCUGAUCAUGACCCACAGCGGGAACAUCAUACAAAGAUCCUGGCUGUGGCUGACAACGUUGGGAUCGCUACGAUGCGACUAUUACUACGGAAAAUACAGUCGGUUGUCUACAAUACCAUUUAUUUCGAGGUUUAUCAACGGCAGGCCAUGGUCGUCUGCCACCGGACCGCGAGACAGUGCGGCCGCCUUUAGAUAG